ACCGCCAUGGACUUGAGUUGAGAACCUUGUGGCGAGUGUAGCAGGUGUGAUCACUGGUGAGUACUUCAUCUUGCAGAAACCCUCAUCAAUCAUCGCUCAUGUUGCGUUCAUCAACUAGAACUUCUCUGCGUCUCUUUUGGCAGCAAAAUCAGUUAGGUACUCUUUCCCGUCCCAAACCCUUCCUUCUUCGCACUUCCCUCUCUUAUUCCACUCAUAUUCAUGCCAUCAAGGACAGAACCUAUCUCAUUAAUUCUAUUAGGAAUCUCCAAAACCUUGAUCCUGCUUUGCAUCUUUUUCAGCAAAUGCUUUCCAUGAAUCCUUUGCCAUGUGUGAAGGACUUCAACCUUUUGUUUGGCUCUAUUGUUAAGAUGAAGCAUUACACAGUCGCCAUUUCUUUAAUCAAACACGUGUUCUCCUUAGGACUCAAAUCUGAUACAUUUACUCUCAGUAUUGUUGUCAAUUGUCUGUGCCGUUUGAAUCACACUCCCUUUGCCUUCUCUGUGGUGGGGAUGAUGUUCAAAAUCGGCUUGGAGCCCGAUGUGGUCACAUUUACCGCCAUUGUUAAUGGUCUUUGUAUUGAAGGCAAUGUGGAUCUUGCUAUAUGGUUAGCUGACCACAUGGAUAACAUGGGGUAUCAACCCAACAGCCGCACCUUUGGAGCAAUUAUAAAUGGAUUGUGCAAGAUUGGCAAAAUCCCUGCUGCCAUUGGCAUUCUAAGGAAGGCAGAAACAAGAAAGUGCAAACCAAGUGUUGAUGUUACGGGUUAUAGCACAAUUGUGGAUAGCCUUUGCAAGGAUGGGCUGGUAUCUGAGGCUUUGAGUCUAUUCUCCGAAAUGACAACGAAAGGUCUUCAACCCGAUACUAUCACUUACAAUAGCUUGAUUCAAGGACUCUGUACUUUCAGCAGAUGGCAAGAGGCUGCGUCUUUACUCAGUGAGAGGAAGCAAAAGGGAAUUAUGCCGGAUACAUAUACUUUUAAUAUUUUAGUGGAUGCUCUUUGUAAAGAGGGGAAGAUUUCCAGUGCUAGAGCCAUACUUGGUCAGAUGGUACGAAUGGGCGAGGAGCCUGAUGUUGUCACCUAUAACUCAAUGAUUGCUGGUUAUUGUUUACUAAGUCAAAUUGAGGAGGCCAAGAAAGUAUUUGAUUUGAUGGUUCACAAGGGAUGCCUACCAAAUGUUAGGACUUAUACGUCGUUAAUCCACGGGUGGUGCAAGAUCAAAAGGAUUAACAAGGCUAUUUAUCUUUUGGAAGAAAUGAUCAAUAAAGGACUAAAUCUGAAUGUUGUUACUUGGACUGCCCUUAUUGAUGGAUUUUGCAGAGGGGGGAAACCGAUAGCUGCUAAAGAAUUGUUUUUUACAAUGCACAAGUUUGGUCAACAUCCUAAUGUACCGACCUGUCGGAUUAUAUUGGAUGGCCUAUUCAAAUUCCAUUUGUUUUCUGAUGCAAUAUCAUUAUUUAGAGAAAUAGAGAAGAAUAAUUUGGAUCUUGAUAUUGAAAUUUACAAUGUGGUGCUCGAUGGGAUGUGCAAUGCUGGAAAACUAAAUGAUGCGUGGGAACUCUUCUCUUGUCUUCCAGCAAAAGGCUUGAAACGUGAUGUAUAUACUUAUACAAUAAUGAUCCAAGGUCUAUGUAGGGAAGGACUUGUGGUUGAUGCUGAAGAGUUACUAAUGAAUAUGGAAGAGGAUGGCUGCCUGCCGAAUUCCUGCACAUAUAAUGUCUUCGUCCAAGGAUUACUGCGACAAAAUGAUGUUCCGAAAUCAAUAAAAUGUCUUCAGAUUAUGAAAGACAAAGGUUUUUCCGCAGAUGCUACCACUGUGAAAUUGCUUAUAGAUUACUUCUCUGUCCACAACGGAGAGAAUGCCUUUCAAGAAUUUGUGCAGAAAAUUACUUGAAUAUAUCAAUAUAACCUAUUAGUUUAUUAUUUCAAUCGAUAAUUUGAUGUUUUAGGCUUUUAGUUGUUACGUGCGUAGAUAUAUUCUGUAUUAUUUGGUUGUUUAAUUUUGAGGCUUUGGAUUGGGAUAAGUUUGUCUGGACUUUCUGAAGAAUAUGAAACUGAUUCUUCCAUGUU